AUGGGCGGUUACCUGCUCGCUUUAUUUUCCCAGGGCCAGAGAGAACAUAUGGAGGUGCAGAGCUCCGGGAAAGCUGUUCUGACCGUGCUGGUCGUCCUGGCUGGGCUGGCAGGUUCUGGAUCCGGUAGUGAAGUCAUAGAAGGCCCCCAAAAUGCAACAGUCCUGAAGGGCUCCCAGGCUCGCUUCAACUGCACUGUCUCGCAGGGCUGGAAGCUCAUCAUGUGGGCUCUCAAUGACAUGGUGGUGCUGAGCAUCAGGCCCAUGGAGCCCAUCAUCACCAAUGACCGCUUCACCUCUCAGAGGUACGACCAGGGUGGGAACUUCACCUCGGAGAUGAUCAUCCACAAUGUGCAGCCCAGUGAUUCGGGGAACAUCAGAUGCAGCCUCCAGAACAGUCGCCUGCAUGGAUCUGCUUCCCUUACGGUCCAAGUUAUGGGAGAGUUGUUCAUUCCCAAUGUUAAUCUUGUAGUCGCUGAGAAUGAGCCUUGCAAAGUUACUUGUCGAGCCUCGCACUGGACCCGGCUCCCGAAUAUUUCCUGGGAACUCGGUCUCCUGGUCAGCCAUUCAAGCUAUUAUUUUGUUCCGGAGCCCAGCGACCUUCAAAGUGCAGUGAGCAUCCUGGCUCUGACCCCACAGAGCAAUGGGACUUUGACAUGUGUGGCUACCUGGAAGAGCCCGAAGGCCCGCAAGUCUGCAACUGUAAAUCUCACUGUGAUUCGGCGUCCCCAAGGCACUGGAGGCGGUAUUAAUAUUCCAGGUAUAUUAUCAAGUUUACCAGGCUUAGGUUUUUCAUUGCCUACUUGGGGCAAAGUUGGACUUGGAUUAGCAGGCACCAUGCUUCUGACGCUGACGUGUGCUCUUACAAUACGCUGCGGCUGCUGCCGCUGUUGUGGCUGCAAAUGCUGCUGCCGUUUCUGCUGCAGAAGAAAAAGAGGAUUUCGUAUUCAAUUUCAAAGGAAAUCUGAAAAAGAGAAGACAAACAAAGAAACUAAGACAGAAAGUGGAAAUGAAAACUCUGGCUACAAUUCAGAUGCACCAAAGACCACAGAAACCGCUUCUCCCCCUCCAAAAUCCUGUGAAUCCAGUGAUCCUGAACAAAGAAGCAGUAGCUGUGGCCCUCCUUGACAGGAGACUGAUCAAUGUCCACCCAGACCAGCAAGUCAUCCACAGGCUUCUUUUAAUCUGGCCAGUCCUGAGGUCAGGAAUACAAUUGUAGUAUAGCAAAGACUUCCCCAAGCUCCACUGAGCACUUGGCUGACAAUUUACAACACGGCGAUGACAUCCUUC